AUGGCCAAGCCCGUCGGCGAAGACGGCUGGCUCGCCUACCUCGAGGAGACCAUCCGAAACGCAUCCGACCUCGAGAAUCGUGUUCAUGCCGUUGAACAAUACAAACGCGCCGCCCUCGCCAGUGACGGAUGGACCGACGAGGAGCUUCUCAUGGGUCGCGAACUGUUCUCAUUCGGCGCCGCUCUGGACCUAUGGCAGCAGGGCUACGAGGCUAUCCAAUAG